ACUCUUGACAUUCCAACUCCAAGGCAAUCUAGUGAAAGAAAAAGAGAGAUCGUGUGUGGACCGAAAGCUUUAGGUGAUUAACCCGAGCGAUUUCGAGUUCACCCAAGCUGUGAACAAUGCCAUCGAUCACAAGCCCAAGAAGAAGGUCGCCAUCCGCGCAGUUGCAUCAACAAGCUUCCUUAGCAUCUGAAAGAACACGCCGAGAGAAGAGGCUCUAUGAAGCAUCGCUUGGCGGGUGCGUCGAGUCGUUAGCUCAGUUGCUGCAAGAAGACCGACUCAUCCUGGCUCGGGCUUCUGUCACUUGCUUCGAUGAGACACCAUUGCAUGUGGCCUGCAUGCUCGGUCAUGUACCUUUUGCCAAGGCUCUUUUGGCUCAUAAAAGGGAUUUGGCUAUGGAGUUGGACUCGCAGGGCCGUACGCCUCUUCACUUGGCGUUUGCGAACGGAUAUGUCGAAAUAGCGAGGGAACUGUUACAAUUAGAGCCUCGUGCAUGCCUUGUCCAUGACGAAGAUGGGAGGACCCCACUUCAUCUAGCCACGAUGAAGGGCCGAAUCAACAUCGUGAAAGAGCUGGUGAAGGCAAGUCCGGAGGUGGUGAGAUAUGGUGAUUUGGUGAAUGCUCAAGAUGAUGAGGGUAAUACCAUUUUGCAUUUGGCCGCAGCAAACAAGCAAAUAGAGACAGUGAAAUGUCUGCUUCAAAGAAGCGAAGUGGAUGUGAACAUAGAGAAUAGAAAUGGCUUCUCUCCUCUGGAUAUAGUGGAAUAUUUUCCAAAGGAUUUCAAAGUCAUUGUAUUGAGAGAACUGUUAGUACAUGCUGGAGCUCUGAGAGCCAUAAGAUUCCCUGCAUCGACAACUCACCAAGCAAUUGUUGAUAAAACAAAUGAGGAGAAUUCAACUGUUGUAGUUGACCUAGCAUCUGUAGCACCUCCCUCCACCAAUACUCCUCCGGUAAAGGCGUUUCCGCCGGAGUCUUUCUCGGGUGAUAUCAGUAAGCAGAAGGAAGACAAACAUGAGGAAAGGAUCGAGAAGAUGCGCAAUUCUCUGAUGAUAACUGCCACGGUGAUCGCAGCCAUGGCUUACCAAGCCGGCAUUAGCCCUCCUUGCGGCGUGUGGGACGACGAUAAGAAAGACAAACAAGACAAGAUCUUAUACUUGGCAGGAACAUCGAUAAUGGCCGCAAACGAUCCAAAGGGUUACUCAGUGUUCUUGACAUACAACACCAUCUCUUUUCUUGCAUCCCUUAGCACGAUCUUCUUGCUCAUAAGUGGCUUCCCCUUGGGGAAGAAGGUUCUGACGAGGAUUCUGAUGGCCACAAUGUGGGUGACCAUCAUUUUCACGGCGCUGACUUACCUCCGGUCCAUGCUGGCCUUCUCGCACGGGCACAGGAAACCUGAAGACGCCACCCAAGCACCCGCCAAAGCACCCACCCACCGUAUGCCGUCCGACAGUAUCCCUUUGGCUGUGCCAUUCAUGUUUGUUUUUCUCUGCGCUGUAGCCAUUCUUUUUCUAUUUCACACCGUUCGAUACGUCCGAAAGAUCCGCAAAAGCUCAAGAAUUGGACAUCAGGAUGUGUGAGUUGGUGCAGAUCUAGGGGCAAUAUCAAGAUCUAGUGUAUUCAUCUGGUGGGACAAAGGAUUACUGCAUAGUCUUGAUGCCUAUGUUCUUUGUAACUCAAUCCCUAUGUCAUAAGAUCAUUCUGAGUACCGCCAGUUGUGCAAACGAUUUAAUGAGACUACUAAACCAAAUGCAGAGUCCAUCCCGCAUUAUUCU